UCAAUAGAUAACUUGAAUCCGAGCUGCCAACAUUUAAGUUGUAGCGACGUGAAAAAAUUGAAUGUUGUGUACCCUUGCGGGUUACCGGCGCGAAAUAGAAACUGUUGAAUGAACAUUGAGACAUUACUAAAUAACAGUCGUAUAACACGCUUCGUACGUUCGAGUGGUGUGUUAAAUCGAUUCGCAGCUGUUCCCGCGAUAUCGUUCUUUACAAACUGAAACACGAGUGAUGUGCGAUUUACUUAGCUGAAAUUCGCGAAUCUGGAUUUUAAGGAACAAUUGGAGUACAGGAGAGAAACUGAUACUCAAAGUGUUACUCGUAUAAGACUCUACCACUUCGACGUUCCUUGACGACUGAAAACGGACUUAUAAAGUGAUCAAGAUGAGUUUUAAUAAGAAUAAUCCCAACGCGGUGGGGAAGAUCAUGGGCUACCUCAAGCAGCUGUCCACCGAAAUGGGUGGAAGCGAGACUGGGCGUCGCGGGCAGGCGGACGAGGAACGACUGCACCGAUCGAGAUCAAAGUAUUACCGAGUCCCUUCGAGACCUACACUCUCAGCUUCGACCACUUGCACGUCUCUGGCGACAUCGUGCGGCUCCCAGGGCACCUUGGUCCCGAACUACGCCACUAUCCCAGAAAACGUAUCCACGGAGAGCAGCAGCGAGGACGAGCAGGACUCCUUCGAGAAGACCCGUCUUCACUUCCAACAGCUACGUCAAAUAAGUUUGGGCAACGAGUUCAAAUACAAGAUGGAGAUGGAGAUAAAGAAUGAAAAUCUCCGAAACUCCGUGCCAUACGUGAAGCAGCUUAGCACCGACGGUGCUAAGACGAAGGGUGAUUACAGUAUAAAUGGUGAUGCAACCCCGUAUGGAGCAACAACCAAGAGGAUAUACCUUUGGACUCAGUUCCUGGCGGCAAUAGCAGUGUCCAUGGGUUCUCUUAUCGUCGGAUUUUCAUCGGGCUACACCUCACCCGCUCUACCGAAGAUGAACGCUACACUUACUAUUACCACAAGCGAGAGCAGCUGGAUAGGCGGUUUGAUGCCGUUAGCAGCGCUCGUCGGCGGCAUAGCGGGGGGACCUCUCAUAGAAGGUUUUGGACGGAAACUGACAAUCAUGGCUACUGCUGUACCGUUUUUCGUCGGCUGGGCUCUCAUUGGCAGCGCAGUUAAUGUCUACAUGGUACUUGCUGGACGAGCCUUAUGUGGAGUAUGCGUUGGAGUCGGAAGUCUCGCUUUCCCAGUAUACCUGGGGGAAGUAAUUCAACCGGAAGUCAGAGGCGCUCUGGGACUCCUGCCAACAGCGUUCGGUAACACGGGUAUUCUUCUAGCCUACUUCAUCGGAUACUUCCUCGACUGGACGCAUCUCGCAUUCUUCGGUGCAGCGCUUUCUGUGCCCUUCUUCCUAUUGAUGCUCUUGACACCCGAAACACCCAGAUGGUACGUGACCAAAGAUCGUGUCCAAGAUGCUCACAAAUCUUUGCAAUGGCUCAGAGGAAGAAACAACAAUAUCGACAAGGAAAUGCGCGACCUCACCCGCACUCAGACCGAGUCAAACAUGGCGGGAAGCAAUGGACUGAGGCAAUUGUUCUCGAGAAAAUACGCCCCGGCUAUUCUCAUCUCCCUCGGUCUUAUGAUUUUCCAACAGUUCAGCGGUAUCAAUGCAGUUAUAUUCUAUGCUGGAAACAUUUUCGAAAUGUCAGGAAGCACCGUUGACAAGAAUCUGUGCGGAAUCAUCAUUGGAGUUGUGAACUUCAUUUCUACGUUCCUGGCUACAGCCAUAAUUGACCGUUUGGGCAGAAAAAUGUUGUUGUAUAUUUCCUCGGUAUCUAUGAUUGUUACUUUAGUUACAUUGGGAUCAUAUUUCUACCUUAGAGACUUAAAUGUUGAUGUCAGUAGCUACGGAUGGUUGCCUUUGUUGUGUCUGGUCGUAUAUGUACUGGGAUUCUCUAUCGGAUUUGGACCAAUUCCUUGGCUGAUGUUGGGUGAAAUUUUACCAUCAAAGAUUAGAGGAAACGCAGCAUCCUUGGCUACUGGCUUGAACUGGACCUGCACUUUCCUUGUAACGUUUUCGUUCCAUGAAAUUGUAAAGAUGCUAAAAAUGUCAGGCACAUUUUGGAUGUUUUCAGUCAUUUGUAUGGCAGGGUUAUUGUUUGUAAUAUUCUUCGUCCCCGAGACUCGAGGCAAGAGUUUGGAGGAAAUUGAGAAAAAACUAACGGGUGGGUCGAGGAAAAUUACAAUCCAUUCCAGAGCUUAGAUAAAGAUAGAUAUAGAUAUUAUCUAUUGUGAUUUAGUGAGAAGGAUUAGGGUUGUGUAACACGAUGUUGUCAUCGUGUGUGAUGAAGACUGACUUUGGAUUCUCUAGUUAUUAAUUAUUAUAGUGUAAAUAUGGUAAAUUAUGUUAUCUAUAGAUUAAUUAUUAUAUGGUUAAGUAAAUCGAUGGUUCCUUUAGCUGUACCGAUUAAGAAUAUUUGUGUAGCAUUAAUGAUAUACUAAUCUGUGUUAUAUCAUUGGUCCAGUACUUUUCAAGAUACAAAUUUAGUUUUAUUUAGACAAAAUAUUGAUCUGUAUCUUACUUAGUAAUGUUGAUCAUGACAAAGUGAGUAACAUAGUUAUAAUAUAUUUAGUACUUAGCGGAGUUAAUCCGUGGAUUAUUAAACAAAUUAAUACUUAUUUAUGUAAGUCCGUAUAUUACGGGCUGCAUGUUUAUUUUUGUUAUUUUUAUUAUUAAAAUAUAAGAAAUAAGUGAUUUUUA